UCUAGGGACGCCGCGGGGUCCCCGGCUCCGAGGCCCAAGGCUCGGCUCCCCGGCCGCUGGUCUGCGGAGCGCCUCACCGCGAGCUGCCACGCCCUGGGCCCCGGCCUCCGCCGCUGCUCCACGCCGGCUCUCGAGGCUCGGGGCGAGGCACCCGGGCCACUUGGAGGGACGCCGGUGCGCGUGGCGGGCCAGGUCGCCGCCCCUACGAUCCAUUCUGUCCUGCCCCGGGCGCUGAAAGCCUCGCGCGUGGCCUGGUUGUCACCGUGGCCAAGGAGAAGCUGGGACCGACCGGUGUCAGCACGCCGGUGGACCCGCAGCAGGCCCGGAGGAACGCACGUUCCUGGCGGGAAAAGGGCCGGUGGUCCCCUGGCCUGCUCAUCUUCGGGUAGAGGCAGAGGCUUCCAUUCCCAUCAAGCUUGGAUGAAAGCCCUUUUCCCUGAUGUCUCAGAACACACCUGACUCUGGUGCAGCAGCAGCCAGCUGGGACUUCAGGUGCAGAGCUGAGAAACGGCAGUGGAAUGACGGUGUGAGCCUUGUAAGUAGCAUAUGGCAGAAAUUUAGGCCAAGCCGUGAAAGCCCCCGUGGUUAAGAUGACAUCAACUGAAGUGUGUUGAAGUGGUGGACACUCACCCAGCCUUUGCUCCAUCUUGUACAACCUGUGCCUUCAAUACUUCUGAGCUGCUGUGGAUGGCCCCGGCUGUCUUGACUACUCUUCCCACUAGGAUGUCUCUGAGAUCCCUCAAGUGGAGCCUCCUGCUGCUGUCCCUGCUGAGUUUCCUGGUGAUGUGGUACCUCAGUCUUCCCCACUACAAUGUCAUUGAGCGUGUGAACUGGAUGUACUUUUAUGAGUACGAGCCAAUUUACAGACAAGACUUUCGCUUCACACUGCGGGAACACCCCAACUGCUCUCAUCAGAACCCAUUCCUGGUCAUCCUGGUGACCUCGCGUCCCUCAGAUGUGAAAGCCAGACAAGCAGUUAGAGUUACUUGGGGUGAGAAAAAGUCCUGGUGGGGAUAUGAGGUUCUUACAUUUUUCUUAUUAGGCCAGCAGGCUGAAAGGGAAGACAAAAUGUUAGCGCUGUCCUUGGAAGAUGAACACCUUCUCUAUGGAGAUAUUAUACGGCAAGAUUUUUUAGACACAUAUAAUAACUUGACCUUGAAAACCAUUAUGGCUUUCAGGUGGGUAAUUGAAUUUUGCCCCAAUGCCAAGUAUGUCAUGAAAACAGACACUGAUGUUUUCAUCAACACCGGCAAUUUAGUCAAGUAUCUUUUAAACCUAAACUACUCAGAGAAGUUUUUCACAGGUUACCCCCUAAUUGAUAACUACUCCUAUAGAGGAUUUUUCCAGAAAAACCAUAUUUCAUAUCAGGAGUACCCUUUCAAGGUGUUUCCUCCCUACUGUAGUGGGUUGGGCUACAUUAUGUCCGGUGACCUAGUGCCAAGGAUCUAUGAAAUGAUGAGUCACGUGAAGCCCAUCAAGUUUGAAGAUGUUUAUGUUGGGAUCUGUUUGAAUUUGUUAAAAGUGGACAUUCAUAUUCCAGAAGACACCAAUCUUUUCUUUCUUUAUAGAAUCCACUUGGAUGUGUGUCAGCUCAGACGGGUGAUUGCAGCCCAUGGCUUUUCUUCCAAGGAAAUCAUCACAUUUUGGCAGGUUAUGCUGAGGAACACUACAUGCCAUUACUAAGGCCAUACUUCAUACUUCUAGGGAAGGGAGGAUGCUUUGGAGAGCGGGUCAGAAUUCAUUGUGCUGGAUUCCUAACUGAGACUCGUAGAGCAUACCGAGACCAGAGCUCCAUGGCAUAAACUUACAAGUGAUUUGUCUUCACAAAAUUUAACGUGAUCCUUCAAAAGUGAUAGAGGACUUAAACAUACAGCAGACAAAGGGUUUUGCUAGUAAAGUCAAAGGAACAGACAGUCUGGAUGACUCAGUUUAUAGAUUAGAAUUUCUUCAGAUUUCCUUGAAAGAAAAGCUAACUAACCCACAGCAACAAAACAGUAUGGAGUUGUAUUUAUUAGAUAGUCUAGUCACAUAAUGGUUCAGUGUGUAUCUUAAGUGGUUGUUUUAUAUAUAUAUAUAUAUAUAUAUAUAUAUAUAUAUAUAUAU